AUGGCCACUUCAUACUCGUGGCCGCCGGCCAAGGGCCUGAGCACCGUCCAAAUCCCUCGCUCCGACACAAUCCUCCAAAUGUAUGCCUCCAAGAAGAUCAAUGCUCCCGGUCAACGAGUUCUGGACGCCGUCCUCGACGUCUCAAACUACAACAAAUGGAACACCUUCUGUCCCGAAGCCAAGAUCGAAGUCCAACCACCCGGUGGCGGCCGCGAAGGCGGCGCGGCGGACUUCCGCAAGAUGAAGCUGGGCUCAAUAAUGACAUUCCAAGUCGUAAUGGACGCAUCAAAAUCGAACAAUAAGACAGCUACGGGGCUGAAAGUCACCGAUAUCUCCACGCCGUCCCAUCCAUCCGACUACGUUCCAGCAAGUACAAGGGAAAGCGAUAGCUCGUUCUACUCUGAUCUAUCGAAGCUCUACCGCGUUUGCUGGAAGACCGAGGGCGGAUUUGUCUCCCGUGGUCUGAGGGGCGAGAGGUUCCACGAGAUCAUUGUGGUGGGGGAGAACGAGUGCGAGGUCAGGACUUGGGAGUGCCAGGGUGGGAUUCUGGCGAGGACGGUGAAGUGGAUGUUUCAGAAGACAUUGAUGGAGAAGUUUGAUUUGUGGCUCGCUGAUUUGAAGGGGUAUUGCGAGGCUCAGGGACGAACGUAG